AUGUUAUACCGCGACUUUGUCAAGGAAUAUCACCAAACCGCGAACCGACUAGAGAUUAUUAUCAAGAACGAGAGGCGCGCACCAAAGAAUUGUGAGAACAAGGGUGGAAAUGGUAGUGGCGCCAGCAAGGAUAACAAAAAGAAUAAGUCGGGAUCGGACAAGCUGAAGGACGAUAAGGGAAAGUGCUUCAACUGCAAGAUGAAGAGACACAUGGCCAAUGAAUGUGAACUCAAUAAGAAGGACACCCCCGACCUCAAGGCCUUGGAAGCUGUGAAGAAGGCUGACGUGGAGGAGAGCUCAGAGUCGGAAAAUGACGACGCCUAG